AUGAACGCCCCUCUCACAUCACCAACCCGCACCACCUCCUCAGCAACUUACUUCCAAUCCUUCCCAACGGGCCCCUCGAAAUCCUCCACCUCCUCCUCUUCCUCCAGCGGCCCAACAUCCGCACCUCAACCCCCCGCACCCCAAGCGCCCCAGCGCUCCUCAAGUCAAGACGAAACCUCCCCGUUUCUCAAAGAUUUCAACCUCGUCGCCGAAGCAGCCAAGAGGGCACAAAUGGCAUGUCUGAUGCGAGAUAUGGAGGGCUGCGGAUUGUAG